UAGGGAGAGAGAGAGCCCCUGGCUCCUAGGGAGAGAGAGAGCCCCUGGCUCCUAGGGAGGGAGAGAGCCCCUGGCUCCUAGGGAGAGAGAGAGCCCCUGGCUCCUAGGGAGAGAGACCCCUGUCUCCUCGGGUAGGAGGAAAGGAGGUGAGAAAAUCUCUUGUCUUCUCAUCGGAGGUAGGGAGAGGAGAGAGAACCCAUCUGGAGAGAGAGAGAAAGGUGUGAGUGGUUCCCAUCUCCUGGGAUGAGCAAGGUGAAGUAAAGGUGUGGGAAGACCUCCCACCCCUUCCGUCUCCGAGGAUAGCAGCAGAGGACACCCCGGUUUUGGGAGGAGAGGGAAGGAGAGACACAGAGACCAUGCCUUCCAGCAGAGACGAGAAGAGCUAAAUAAUAGACCCCUAUACCCUGCCACAGAAGGAAUAGGAACAGACCCUGUCGCAUGAGAGGGCAGUGGAGAGACAGCCCGUAUCUUGACCCUGUGUCCUCCAGCAGACAAGACAGUCUCCAUCUCUUGGAAGAGGAUAGGGGAAAGACCCCCCCCCCCCCAUCUCCUGGGAGAGAAGUGAUAUCCUGUCUCGCGGCAAGAGAAGAAAGGGCUGUUUGGGAGAGAAGAGAGACCGCAUCUUCAGAGAGACGCCUGUCUACCCGGUAGAGGAGGAGGCUAAGAGAGGGAGGGGUCCGUGUCUCCCUGGGUCUGGGUAUUUUUCGGGGCCCCGCAAUGGAGCAGUACACGAUCCUGGGUCGCAUCGGCGAAGGCGCCCAUGGGAUCGUGUUCAGAGCCAAGCACAUCGAGAGUGGGGAGACAGUGGCGCUGAAGAAAGUGGCCCUGAGGCGCCUGGAGGACGGGAUUCCCAACCAGGCCCUGCGCGAGAUCAAGGCCCUGGAGGAGAUCGAGGACAACCCCUACGUUGUCAAGCUGCGCGACGUCUUCCCGCACGGCACGGGCUUCGUGCUCGCGUUCGAGUUCAUGCUGUCCGACCUGGCCGAAGUGAUUCGCGACUCGGAGCGCCCGCUCUCCCAGGCGCACGUCAAGAGCUACAUGAGCAUGCUGCUCAAGGGCGUCGCUUUCUGCCACCACAACUCCAUCAUGCACAGAGAUCUGAAGCCAGCGAACCUCCUCAUCAGCUCCAUGGGCCACCUCAAGAUCGCUGACUUCGGCCUCGCUCGCGUCUUCUCCAACGACGGAGACCGCCUCUACAGCCACCAGGUCGCCACGCGUUGGUACCGCGCACCUGAGCUGCUGUACGGAGCCCGAAAGUACGACGAGGGUGUGGACUUGUGGGCGGUGGGCUGCAUCCUGGGCGAGCUCCUCAACUGCUCCCCGCUAUUCCCCGGAGAGAACGACAUCGAGCAGCUGUGCUGCGUGCUGCGUGUGCUGGGGGACCCCCAACCAGCAAGUCUGUGGCCGGAGAUAACGGAGUUGCCGGAUUACAACAAGAUCAGUUUCCGGGAGAACGCGGCGCUGCCCCUGGAGGAGGUGGUUCCGGACGCGCCGCCCGAGGGCUGGGAGCUGCUGCGCCGGCUGCUCGUGUACCCGUCGCGCCAGCGCAUCCCCGCCAGCGAGGCCCUGCUGCACCCGUACUUCUUCACGGCGCCGCUGCCCGCUCACACACUCGGAGCUAGCCCAUCCCGCAGAGGGGGGCGCGGGGUGUCUCGGCGCGGGGUGGGGGGCGGGGGGCGCCCCCCGGCCGUGGAGCGCCCCCUAAUGGAGUCGCUCGUCGACCCGGCCACCGUCACCCCCCUUCGCAGGUUGCCUAGAGGGGCACCCAGAUUCCCACAGAGGUGUCCCCCCCUGGUGUUCACCAGAGGGAACCCCUAAUACAGGGGUCUCUUGAUACGGAAGUCUCCUGUACAUUCAUAGGGGUCUCUGAACAAGUCACAGAAGUCGCCUGAUAUAGGGGUCUUCAGGACACGGGUUGCUGAUACUCACAGAGGUCAUGACGCACACAAAGACAAAGUUUCCCCGUAUAGCCUUUGUCAGACUCUUGGGCAAGUGCUGUUAGUGAGCACCUAUUAUGACUGGCACAAACAAAGGGGGUGUUGUGACCAGAGCCACACCCCCCCCUUGUCUCUCCACUGCUUACGUUUACACAUUUCACCAGGUACUCAUUGAGGUUGAGUCUACCUAGGGGAGACCCAGUAUCUAAUCAUAUAAUUUCCACCAAUGUUAACCACGGCCCCGGUUUGCAACGCAUAUCGCUAACCAUUGCACCACCACUCAGACACACAGAGGGGAGUCCUCCCGCCACCGUGGCCGACACGGUUAUCCCUGUUGUCAUUCCACGUGUCCAGUGGUGGAAAUUGCACAUUCCUGUGAUUGGAUUAUGUACGCUUGUAUAUAACUGUACAUAACAAAAGA